AUGGCCGUUCAAAAGAACCAUGAGCGGACCGGCAUCAAGAGCGUCAAAGGAGAAAACUUCUACCGCGAUGCUAAAGCGGCCAAGCGCGUGAAACUUCUCUCGAAAGAUAGCCCUGCCACCAAGGCUACGCGUGAUCGCCGUGGCAACAUCGUCCAAGCGGCCGACUUCCAAAGCUCAGAGGCCAAGCCAGGCCGUGUCCAGCCCGAUCGUCGGUGGUUCGGAAAUACACGUGUGAUCGGUCAGGAUGCCCUCGACCAUUUCCGCACGGCCCUGGGUGCCAAGGUCAAUGAUCCAUACAGUGUGGUGCUGCGACGCAAUAAGUUGCCCAUGAGUCUGAUUCAGGAGCCAUCGCGUGGCAAGGCGCCCUCUCUCACGGAAGUUGAGCCCUUCGACAAGACAUUUGGACCUGGCGCCCAGCGCAAGAGGCCGCGUCUAGAUAUGGGCAUGAGCUCGUUUGAGGACUUGGCGCAGACGUCUCAGGCCAUGGGCGAACAGGAGGAUGAGAAGGUCGCAUCGAUCGAGGCCAGGGCGAAGGGCGACGGCCUCGUCCCAGCCGAUCGCGAGAUCCCUCUUGGAUCGUCCGACAUGGACCACAUUGCCCACCCCGAUGAGCUGUACUCCAUCCCUGUACAGCGCGGUCGUUCCGAAGCCGUCUAUACCAAGGGCCAGUCGCGGCGAAUCUGGGCUGAGCUGUACAAAGUGAUUGAUAGCUCGGACGUGAUUCUGCAUGUGCUCGAUGCACGCGAUCCUAUGGGAACGCGGUGCCGCAACGUCGAGAAACACAUCCGCGAAGAAACGCCCCACAAGCAUCUAGUAUAUAUCCUCAACAAGGUCGAUUUGGUUCCUACAUGGGUCACGGUACGUAUAACUCCCCUCUCCUCCCCUUUCCCCACAUUCAAGUCAAGGGUUGUGCCGUUUGCUCUGUGGCGCAUACACUGUUACGAAUGUGGAAGAUGA